UACCUCAACCGCAAGCCGCUCAAGGGAAAACCUACCGCCCAUGUCUCGUACCACGAAGGUUUGCGCCUGAUUCGCCAAUUCCUUUCUUAUGCAUCACAACACACUGUCGAAGAUAUCCAGGCCUUUACGGGCCAAUGGGUGCCGAGUCCCACCUGGGUCAAACUCGAUGAAGUCCCCAUCUCAGAGGCUCAUCUCAAACGUUCUGCCCAGCUCGUCAAAGCGCAACUUGGUCCCGCAGGCUUGCAAAGAGUCGGAGGUCAGGAAUGGUGGCAAUGGAGACGACCUGAGAUUGCUUUGAAGGGCGAGUGGAUUGAGAUGCGCCAGGACUACAACGACCGAGUCGCUGCCGACAACAAGAGCGAUCGCGUUAUCCUCUACGUUCAUGGCGGCGCCUACUACUUCGGUUCGGUCGACGAACAUCGCUACCAGAUGCAACGACACGCUCGAAAGCUCAAGGCUCGCCUAUUUGCCCCAAGAUACCGCCUUGCUCCUCAAUUUCCCUUUCCAUGCGGUCUGCACGAUUGCAUCGCCGCCUACCUCCAUGUCAUUGAGCAAUGCGAUCCGUCGACUGUCCUUCUGGGUGGUGAUUCAGCUGGUGGUGGCAUGGUCAUCAACAUGCUCGUCACCCUUCGCGACCAGGGCAUCCCUCUUCCAGCUGGUGCCCUGCUCCUAUCUCCUUGGGUCGACCUUACCCACUCCUUCCCCAGUGUGGCUGGAGAGGGCAAUUUUGACUACAUUCCCGCCAACGGCUUCCAUCACAGACCGUCGAUGGCGUGGCCACCUCCAAACGCCAACGACAUGAGAGAGCUCAAAUCCCCGGAUCCCAACCCACCCCGGAGGUCCAAAGAGGAAAAGAAGAAGCUCGAACGAGAAGCAACCAUGGGCUUCUCCGUGAAUGAUUUACCCGAGGACGAGAAAUACGACAGAGCAAUGCGCCCACGUGCUAAGAGCAUUCCGGGCGGCGAGCAUCUGUCUAUUGAAUUGGAUGGCAAGCUCAUCGAACUCACCGAUCAGAUCCAGAUGUAUACGACCAACGACAUGCUCGCACAUCCCAUGGUCUCACCUGUGAUGCAGCCAUCUCUCGGCGGUCUACCGCCUCUUCUCAUUCAGACAGGCGGUGGCGAGCUCUUGCGUGACGAGCAAAUCUACAUCGCCCACAAGGCCGCUAAUCCACCUGCCUACCUUCCCAACAAAAAGGUCAUGGACGAGUUCGACCCUGAGCGAAAAAUUGUAGACAAGUAUCCGCCAACCCAUGUUGUUCUGCAGGUUUGGGAUGAUCUCUGCCACGUCCCGCAUACUCUCAGUUUUACUCGACCUGCAAAGUACAUGUAUCGCAGUGUCGCACAAUUUGGUGCCUGGGCACUAGCUCGUGCUCAAGACCAAGCAAUCACCAUUCUUGACGAUGAUGCAAUCAGCAUCAUCAGCACUAGAUCCAGCCAGGAGAGCGACGACCCAUCCAGAGACGAAAGCGACCGUGGUAGAACCGUGGACAAGAAAUUUCCAGAUGCUCUAGGUACUCCGAUCCGUGCUCAUAUCGUUACUACCGCGUCUGGAUCUGUGGGCAAGGCUGGUGAUCCUCUGCCCCCCUUCAAAGACCAUAUGGUACGGCAGAGAGUCGAUAGACACGGUGUCACUUACCCGCUUGCUGAACAAGAGGACUUGCCAUGUUUGCACCUGGACCCCAAUACUAUCGGCAUGAUCAAGCCUGGUCCUGUUAGGAAGUGGAUCGCAAAGAAGGCUGAUUGGGAUGUGAAGUAUGGCAAAGACAAGCGCGCGAUACAGAAACAACGCAUCAAGGACAUAGCCGAGGGCUACGAUACAUUCGGAGCCGGAGAAGUCCCACCGCCCACCGCUCUAGCUGGACGCCGUAAGAAGGAUAUGCCAGGUCAAAAAGCACGCAAGGGUAAAUCGUGGGGUCUUGCCAUGUGGUCAGGAUGGGGAUCCAAACACGACGAGGACACUCUCGGCCGUGAACAAAAG